AUGAGGGAUAAAGAUUUUUUGCUCAUUAACCUGUUGCCUCCAAACCUCAAUAAUUGUACCUCUAUUAGUCCUUCUUGUUUUGGUCCUCUUGUAACUGAUGCAGAUAUUUUGGAGAAAAUAGAAGGCCAUAUACCGCCAUCCAAAGGCAAGGCUACAUCAUGGGCUGUGAAGGUCUUGAAUGAUUGGCGCCACAGUAGAAUGGGGGCUAUCAAACCUACAGAAUUUUAUGUGGUAACAAAAAGUCUGUUAAACUACUGGUUGUCACGCUUUGUCGUGGCAGCUAGGAAUACUCAAGGCAAGCCGUUCACUGGUGUGAGUCUUAUGGUUUGUGUGCUGGAAUCCAAUGAUACAGCAUUUGACUGUGUUUUAAAAGAGCUUCAUAAAGAAGGCAUUGGUACUAUUAAAAAGCAAGCAGCUAUCAUUUCCACCGACCUUGAAGAACGUAUGUGGAAUGAUAUGUUACUUGGUGACAGUAAUCCACAUUUGCUGCUUAACAUGACAGUCCACUGUUUGGGUCUUAACUUAGCCCUUAGAAGUGGUAGGGAGCACAGAUUGUUGUGUCCAGAUACGAUUCAGUUACAAGAGCCAAAAAUGCUUGACGGUUCCUUUUGUACAGUGAAAGCAGGUCUAAAAACAAUGCUGGAGGGUUCCAGGAAUGUGAGGUGA